CCGUCUCCGAGACUCCGACAGCCUAUGCAGCGGUAUUUCCAUUUCUCCUAGACUGUGACAUCAGCUUGAACCUUGAGAAAGAAUCAACCCGAGACUCCAGAUUACAGCCAUGGUUUUCCUACUUCUCCUCGGCACAGUGGCAGAUACGAAGAGGGUUGAUGAACUGAUUCAUCUUUAAAACUGGGAACAAAACUUCCUAUGUCUGUUAGUUCCUGCUUGUUGAGGAUUAAAGUUCAUCACUUAUUCCGAAGCUUUCACUCUGGCAAAAGGUUAUGGAAUCCAAGCACGGAGGAUAUUCUUUUCGGUGCAAUUUGUGUAAAUCUACGUCAUAAACAAUGGAGAUUCUUAGAGAAGAUGGCUUCGAGUCUCACAAAUUCGUUAGUGGCACGGGUUAUCCUAGAGUUUCGGUCCUCUCCGCAGUUAAUUUUGAAAUUCUUCAAUUGGGUAAGGGAGCAAAAGAGCUUUUCACAUUGUGUAGAAUCUUACAGUAUAGUAGUUCAUAUACUGGUCAAAGCAAGAAGGUUUGAUGAUGCUUUGUGUCUCAUGAGAUACUCAAUGCUAGAAAGACGUGUAUCCCCAUUGGAGCUGUUGGAAGCGUUGAUUGGUAGUUAUGAAUCCUGUUUGUCGGAUGUUGCAGUUUUUGAUGCUCUAGUUAGGGCUUGUACUCAAAUUGGGGCUACCGAAGAUGCAUACAAAGUGAUUAAGAAGUUACAGACAGUAGGUUGCUGGGUUACAAUUCAUGCUUGGAACAACUAUUUGGAUCAUCUCAUGAAGUUAGUUGAAACUGGUAAAUUCUGGAGUAUGUACAGGGAGAUGGUCUCUAACAGGUACACUGAAAAUGUGAUCACGUGUAAUUUGAUUGUUUGUGCUCUUUGUCAAGACUGCAAAUUGCGAGAAGCCAUGUCAAUGAUAUAUUGGAUGUUGAAGAGGGGAAUUUUUCCCAAUAUUGUCACUUUCAAUAUGCUCAUACAUGGGGCUUGCAUAAUAGGGGAUGUCCAGCUUGCCCUGGAGAUAAUGAAGAAGAUGGGUGCCAUGUUAGGGGGGAGAAUCAAACCGAAUUCAGUCACUUAUAAUUCUAUCAUAAAUGGUUUUUGCAAAGUUGGGAGACUUGCCAUGGCGGAAGAAAUUCGAGUGCACAUGGUUCAAAUGGGGAUUGAGCCCAAUGUAAGGACCUAUGCGAUUCUGAUCAAUGCAUAUGCAGCUAAAGGAAGCUUAGAAGAGGCUUUUAGGUUGUGCAAUGAGGUGGUUGAGAAUGGAUUGAUGUUUAAUUCAUUCAUUUACAACUCAAUCAUUCAUUGGAUUUGCAAAGAAGGAGACAUAGGAGAAGCUUCUUUGCUCUUCUCUGAAAUGAUUGAGAAGCAUAUUUCUCCUGAUAGGUUCACCUACUCCAUUCUCACACGAGGGCUUUGUAAUAAUGGGUAUAUCAGUGAAGCCGUUAGUAUUCAUAACCAAAUUGUAGGAAAUAACCUUGUGGAAGAUGCUUUUCUACACAAUAUUCUUAUCAAUUACUUAUUCAAAAGCAGGAAAACCGAAGGAGCAAAACAAUUGCUCGCAUGUAUGUAUGUUCGGGGGGUUCUUCCCAACAUAGUCACAUAUACUACUCUGAUUGAUGGAUACUGCAAGGAAGGACAAAUAGAAGAUGCCAUUUGUGUGUAUGAUGAAAUGAUAAAGGAGGGUCAAAGACCCAACUUGGUAACUUAUAACUGCAUUCUUAACGGUCUAUGCAAGGAAGGCCAUGUGGACAUAGCAAGACUUUUGGUGGAGGAGAUGAAGAAGAGUGGGUUACCACUUGAUGUUUUAACGUACAAUACCUUAAUAAACGGGUACUGUAGUUAUGGUAAGAUUGACAAGGCUUUUACUUUGUUCCAGGAGAUGCGACAGGAAGGAGUUUUGGUGAACACAGUCACUUUUAAUGUGUUGAUCAACUUCCUGUGCAAGUGUGGAUGUAUUGAGCAGGGAAAGGAGCUCAUGAAAAGGAUGGCCUGUCUGGGCCUAACUCCUGAUUGUUUUACAUACACAACUCUUAUUACUGAGUCCAGUAAAAAUUCCAGUGUACAACAAGUGUUGGAGUUGCAUGAUUCCAUGGUACUAAUGGGAAUAAUACCUGAUGAAUACACAUAUAGAGUCAUUGUCAGCUUUCUGGAAGAUCUACAUUAAGUUUGAGAUGAAACUAUGCCCGCCAUUUAUGAACUUUUGGUUGGAAAAACAGGAAGCCUCUUAUUCUAUUGUUCUUUUCUCCAAGGUUUUGAUCCAUCAUAUAUGAAUAAGUCCCACCAACAGAGAAUGUCGGGGAAUAAUCUGUUGUGUGGUUGGCGUUGUGUUUCUAUCUUCUUCAUUCUUGAAGGAAGUUUCUCUGAAGACAUGAAUGAUAAUUACCUUUAAGGCUGCAUUUGAUAUGCAUUUCUAGGUUGAGAAUACGUUCUGAGAUGAGAAAAAUAGUAUUUGGUAUGCAUUCUCGUUCUUGGAUCCUAGAAUGCGGCCAUUCUGGAAUGCGCUCUCUAGCCCAUUCCACGUUCUGAGCCAAGGACAGAAAUGCCUUGUUCCAGUGAAAAAGCCCCGAAUUCUAAUCUGAAGAGUUCAUGUACAGGAACUGGAAGGGAAGUUUUGGUUUGGUUCCUGCAAAGCCACAAGGUCACUACCUUCUUCUUCAACCAAUCUCGAUUCUUCAAGGUCAGAUUUACGAUGAAUGUUCCGCACCGGCGAUAGACACUCCCAACUACCAUCUGAUUUUCUGCUUCAAGGAGGAGAAGAGGUUUACUGGGGUUUUCUGAGUGUUUGACCUUCAGAUCUUGCUGUGAGGAAUCAAUAGUUUCUUCUAUAGAUUUGUCAAUUUUCAUCCUUCAUUGAGCAGGUUAAACUGAAUACAAGUAACAAAAGAAAGCUGGAUACACGAGAAACCAUCCAAUCUGUCUAAGGGGAAAGAAAUCGCUUUAAAGGAGAAUACAAGUAAAAAAGAAAGAUGGAUAUUUGGAAUAAAAUUGUCCAAGAGUCAGCAAAUUGGACAGAUGAUCACAAAAAGUGUCGAUUGACACCUCAUUGGAGCAAGUACAUAGAAGGCGCAAACUAAACACUAGUUUUAGUAUGGAUGUUUGGGUUGUCAUUUUAAAGCAGUUUAAUGUAUCAAAACAAACCAAUUACGAUAUGCAAGCAAUUAAGAAUAGUUAUAGGGGUCUAAGAAGUCCAUGGAUUACAUGGAGAGUAUUCUUGGCGAAGAACAGUGGUUGUAUGGAGUCACUUGACACAAAAGUUCAACCCACCAACCAAACAUUUUUAGGACUUCAAGUGUAUCUAUAUAUAUAUAUAUAUAUAUAUAGAUAUUCAUAUAUUGUGUUUAUAAUCUGAAUUUAUUAAUAGAAGCACAAGCAAGCUUGUUCAA